AUGAACAAGAUCCUCUCAACCAUUAUUUGUUUUGGACUCCUGACUUUGUUAUCUGUAACGAUCUUUUUAGAAUCCGUGCAUGGACUGCCAUAUUUUAUCCAAGGAAAUAAAUUGUUUCCAGAUAAAGAAGAUACAAAUCAUGAAGAUCUCUUGCUGGCUCUACUAACUAACAAUUUUGAUUUCCAAAGAGCUUCCAACAUUGAUGCAGAACUGGCUAACAAAUUGGAAGAACUUAACCAGCUGGAAAAGCUAAAACAGCAGCUCAUGGAAGUAAAAGAUAACGAGCUAUCCUAUGCUAUAGAUGAUCUGUCUUCUUCCCAUCCUAAUAAACGAGCUUGCUUUUGGAAAUACUGUGUCUAA